AUGGAUCUUCCUGAGCCCAUACGGAGACGACUCGGAGAUUUUUCAAGAACAGUUUUCGUAGACCCAAACCGCACGCAACCCUCUCCCGAAGACCACGUGGCAUUCCUAAGCCAGAGUAAAGAUGUUGUGUCUAGUCUCCCGCUGCAAAUGUCCCUCUUUUUCAACAUGUGUUUUUUUCCCCUGUGGUGGAUAAGCGAGGUCGUUAUGUUGCACCUUAAGUAUCCAGCUCUCCCAGACUACUACAAGUUCAUCUUAAUCACUGUUCUCAUUUUAAUGACCUUCAUAGAGGCAAUCAGACUCUAUCUGGGAUACGCUGGAAAUUUACAAGAAAAGGUCCCUGAACUGGCUGGUUUCUGGUUACUGAGUCUACUCCUGCAGUUCCCUUUGAUUCUUUUCCAGCUCUUCAAUGAAGCUAUACUUAUCCAGCCUUUAGAGAGGGGUGUUCACAUUGUGCUUGCUCUCUUUAUUCUAGCUCAGAUUAUCUCUGGUUUUGCAGCUCUACGUGCAAUGGUCAGACACACAGAGAGUCACUUCCACCUCAGACAGUUUGAUGGAAUUCAAGAACUUGGAGCGCGACAAACGUGA